AUGUCGGACCUGACGAAGCAGUUUGGAAAGGGCCAGAGGACUGUGCCGGCCCAGAAGGCCCAGAAAUGGUACCCCGUUGAUGACGAGUCGCAGGUCAAGAAAGUCCGCAAGACUAUCCGUCCCGCCAAGGUUCGCGAGAGCCUCCAGCCCGGUACUGUCUUGAUCCUCCUCGCCGGUCGCUUCCGUGGAAAGCGUGUCGUUCUCCUCAAGCACCUCGAGCAGGGUGUCUUGCUCGUCACCGGUCCCUUCAAGAUCAACGGUGUUCCCCUCCGCCGUGUCAACGCCCGCUAUGUGAUCGCCACCAGCACCCGCAUCGACAUCAGCGGUGUUGACGCCCAGACCGUUGAGAAGGUCUCCGCUGCCGACUACUUCACCAAGGAGAAGAAGGCUGAGAAGAAGACCGAGGAGGCUUUCUUCAAGCAGGGAGAGAAGCCCCAGAAGAAGCAGGUUGCCAGCGCCCGCGCCAGCGACCAGAAGGCCAUCGACCAGUCCAUCCUGGCCGCCGUCAAGAAGGAGAACUUCCUUGGCAGCUACCUCGCCUCCAGCUUCAGCCUCCGCAACGGUGACAAGCCCCACGAGAUGAAGUGGUAG